AUGCAGAAGAUGGCUUCAGCAUCUGGUUCGGGCGCUGCUGCUACUACUGCUGUUGGUGCUGGCGAUGCAAAUGCCUACCUCACCACGGGGCUCGAGAGCAUCCUCGGGCUCAGGAAAAUCUUCCACGAGUCGAGGCACGGCACAGCAAUCGGACAAACAACUAUCACAGAUCGAGAAGAGCGUUACACACCUACUCGUUGCGACAAAGCAGCAUCGGAAAGCGAGGUUUCGGACGUCUAUGUCCGCCUAGGAUAUGAAUUUAAUCUGGCCUGUAGGGCGUUUGGAGCAAUUGGCGUGGAUACUACAGAUUUGGGGCCCGUGCCAGAUCUUCUCCGGACUAUUCUAGAAGAUACCCUUAGCCAAGAUGCAUCUCUGGAGAGCCUAGAACGGUAUCUGCCCCGUAUACGGAACAUCAUUGUCAAUUUACUUCAUGGCCUCAAGAAGAAACAGGCCAAGUUGCGGUCAAGACAAGUUAGGGAUGGCAGGCCCACGGCACGACAGGGGAGCUCUGGUAGUUGGGGGAGCGGAGAAACCAGUCUGAACCAGACGGCGGAUGAGGCUUUAUCCUUGCCUCAAUCACCGCCUAAGCGACAGCCAGACCCUUAUCGUCAGGGUGCGGUGACAAGCUAUGGUGAGCCAGGAGUCCCCAGAAGCGCCUCCUCUUCGAAUUGGUCCAACGAUCGCCAUGGGGGCUCUUUUGCUGAAAGAGCUGAAAGGGACGCUUCCAAGCGGGAAGCCCAGAAGUCGACAUUUUCUUCAAACUCGUCUUUGUCGAGUAACACAAUGCAGAAUAUUCCCGUCAUGCAUCCGCCCUCUGACCAAAACUUGAAUGGACCUCGCUACGGGACUAGCCAGGAUUUCUCCACACAUAACUUCCCCCAUGCCCCGCCGCCCACUCCGCCCGCGUCCAGACAAAAUGAUGCCAUCGGAAUGUUGCAGAGAAGUGGUGAACUGGAACGACGAGCAUCGAGGAGGUUUUCUGCUUAUCAAAUCCAAAAACAUUUGGGUCCCUCUCCUAACGGUGUCCCUGUUAUCCCACCACCUCAAAACUCACCGAUCCCAAAUCGUGGUCGAGAUGUUCGCGAGUCAAUGAAUGCUGUGCGCCUCCGCGGAUCGUACCUUCACCAUAAGCAGCGUUCCAAUAAUCGGACUGUCGAAUCAUCACCAGGUCGACCCUCCACGGUACCCGAGGGUGGAGAGCCAGCGUCGAUACCUCAAAUUGACACAUCGGUGACAUCGGUUGAAGAGGCUAGUCCUAUGGCUAAAACCCCAGUCGAUAAGAUUGGUUUCCCACCUGGGUUUGACACUAGAGAUACCCCAGGUGGUGACUCUCUACCUUCUUUAUCCCAGAUUUCCGAGCGUGACUCUAGUGCGGAGCCAAACGAUAGCCAAACCGGAAAAACUACUGAACCGCAUUCUGCACUCGCAGAUGAGACCAAACACGCUGAAACCAAAACUGCUACAAUCUCUGAUAUUUCACCCCGCGGUCAAUUUACUCCUGAGCCAACCCCUCCGCCUGGCAAAGAGUUAACACUCUUCUUACAGUACAGGAGCAAAAUUAAGAAGUAUGUCUUGCCAGAAGGUUAUUCAGAGUUAACUAUUGGACGUCUACAGCUAGCCUUUAUUGAAAAAUUCGCUUGGAAUACCCAUAACAAUGGUACCGAUUUGCCCGAGAUAUACCUUCAGGAUCCCGUAUCUGGUGUUCGACAUGAAUUGGAAGACCUUAACGAUGUCAAGGAUCGAUCAGUCCUCGUAUUGAAUGUCGAGCCACUCGAUGAAGUAAAAAAACAUUUCGACGAAGGAGUCGGGGGUAUCCGCCGUUUAAUUGAGAGUGUCCGUGAAAUAGUUGAUGGGCAAGGCGCUUCCAUCCAAAGAUUAACUGAUGGUCAGUUGGAAGCUGCUAAAGAGAUUGCUCGCCUUGCUGCGGCCCCUCCUCCAGCCACGCCAGCCAAAUCUAGGGUUACCUCGAAUAGUUCCGUACCGGCGACUGGAAAUCAUGUUGCCGAAGUCCAAGAUCUCCGUCGCGAUCUUGCUACACUACGUCAGACUUACACGAGUUUCACGUCAGACAUGGCAGCCUCUAUGAGCACAAUCCGGGCCAAGGCUGGCUCUGUGAAGAGUGUGGCAAAUGAGAUGACUGUCCCAUCCUUUGAGGGCGAUGCGUGCCGUGCUCGUGUAAAUGCAGGCAAGAAGGAGCUGGCGGACGAAUCUGAAAAGAUCGUUGCUCGUGUGGAUGAUCUUCAGGAUCUCGUUGAGGACCUUCGAAAGGAUGUUGUCACACGUGGUGUCCGUCCGUUGCCGAGACAAUUGGAAGCUGUGGGGCGGGAUAUUAGCGCCGUAUCUAAGGAGCUGAAGAAGAUGCAAGAAUUCCUUAAACGGGAGAAGCCUAUAUGGACUAAGAUCUGGGAGAAGGAGUUACAACUCGUGUGCGAGGAGAGGGACCAACUGACAAUGCAAGAAGAUCUGGUGAUCGACCUUGAGGACGAUCUCGAAAAGGCAACACAGACAUUUGCCCUUGUGGAGCAGGCCACGAAACAACAAAGUCUGCAAACCAACUCGAACUCAAACUCAACCACCGGACCCCAGGGCUUCAGAGCUGUCUCCCGCAAUAUCCCAACCAAUGAACCGUUUGAUCCAAUGAAGGCCAAGGAUCACCUUCUGGGAGAAGUAAGAGCACUCCUUCCAAAUCACAAAGAUCGACUUGAAGCUAUAGAGCGCGCGGAGAAAGCGAGACAGAAAGAACUGAAGACUCGAAGAGUCGGUCCCCUCCAAAAGGAGCUGGGGAAAUUUGUCGAAGAAGGAAAACUGAAGAAGAGUGGCGGGUUUGAGGAGGUUGAACGGAUGCGGAAGGCUAAAGAUGAACGCAUACGAAAGGAGGUGUGGGAUCGAAUGAAUGGUGCAGUCGCUGAAGUGGAGUCAGCCUUGCCCGCAACAACACUUCCUCCUGCAGAUGACAAAGACGAGGAGAAGGCUGAUCUUGCUGGGGGGCCAGAGACCUCAGUGCCGGGCCCAGCGAAGGAAGUCCCAGAUGAAGAUAUUGGCUCUGGUUCCGGUGAUGACCCCACGCCAGGUGAUGACCCCACGCCAGGUGAGACCGCGAAGACGACUAUAUUACUACCUGCUCCUGCUUCUUCAGCUCGCAAGCGUACAUCAUGGCUCUCUUCCAUAUUCUCCAAUUCCCACUGA